UGAUAAUAGUAAUAAAUCUUUUUGACUACAGAAUCCACACUAUCGCAACCUUUUGGAGGUGAAGUAAACGGUUUACAACAAGAUCCCUACCUGGUCAGUCAUCUCAGUCAACCCCACUUAUAGAUAUCAAACUGAGAACUGACAAAAAGAAAUAAUCACGCAGGUCUCCUGGUCCACCCUCGAGGAAAAAGAAAACCCGAAAAACUGGUCCAUGAGCCGAAAAUGGGCGGUGACGCUGACCGUCUCGCUCUUCACCUUCAUCUCGCCCGUCUCGUCCUCCAUGGUCGCUCCCGCAUUGAACAAAAUCGCGGAUGAAUCCCAUAUCCAUUCCGACGUGGAAACACAACUGGCGUUGUCAGUGUUCGUGCUAGGCUAUGCAUUGGGUCCGCUUAGCUUUGGUCCCCUGUCCGAAAUAUUUGGGCGAGCCUAUGUCCUCCAGUUCAGCAAUCUGUGCUAUGUAGCCUGGAACCUAGGGUGCGGGUUUGCGCAGACAUCAGGCCAGUUGAUUGCCUUUCGAUUCAUGAGUGGGAUUGCAGGCAGUGCGCCAUUGGCUAUUGGAGGAGGUGUUCUAAGCGACUGUUGGAACGCCGACCAGCGCGGCAAAGCCGUCGGCAUCUAUAGCUUAGCCCCCCUCCUGGGCCCCGUCGUGGGCCCUAUCGCGGGAGGCUUCAUUGCUGAGACUGUUACCUGGCGUUGGGUCUUCUGGGCAACCAGCAUCGCUGGCGUAGCUUUCCAACUGCUGGGGCUGGCCUUCCUCCCAGAGACCUACGCGCCGACCAUUCUCAAACGUCGUGCCCAAAAGCUCCGCAAAAACACUGGUAACAGGCGCUAUCACACCGAUUAUGAUGCCAAUAAUGGCAACAAUGGCCAAAACCAGAACCUAGCGUCGGUGGUCCAGAAAGCCCUUAUCCGGCCUUUCGUCCUACUCGCUACCCAGCCCAUCGUCCAAUUAAUUGCAGUAUACAUGGCCUACCUCUUCGGCCUCUUCUACCUCCUCCUCUCUACCUUUCCGCAAGUUUGGGAGGGGGUCUACGGCGAGAAGGUUGGGAUCGGAGGACUGAACUACAUUUCUUUAGGCAUUGGCUUUGUCCUCGGCGCGCAGAUCAACGCGCGCGCCAGCGACUGGAUCUAUUAUUAUCUGAAAAGGAAACAGAGUAACACCAAUACGGGCGUACCGGAAUUCCGCAUCCCGACAAUGUUCAUUGGGUCGUUGUUUAUCCCCGUGGGUUUGUUCUGGUAUGGAUGGAGUGUGCAGGCGCGUAUCCACUGGGUGAUGCCUAACGUUGGGAUUGUGAUCUUCUCCUUCGGGUCAAUUGUCUGUCUGCAGUGUAUGCAGAUGUACGUGAUCGAUAGUUACACAAGAUUCGCUGCAAGUGGAAUGGCCGCGGCGGUUGUCCUUAGAAGCUUGGCAGGCUUUGGGUUUCCGUUGUUUGCGCCGUAUAUGUAUCAGCGGUUGCAAUAUGGAUGGGGAAAUACGUUGUUGGCAUUUUUGAGUAUUGUGAUCGGGGUGCCAGCACCGUGGGUGUUUUGGUUUUGGGGAAGUAAGCUGAGGGCGAUGUCGCAGUAUGCAUCUGGUUAGGGGGGUUGGAGAGGAUUGAAUGG